GGGCGUCACGGCGAGCUUUGUUCUAAUAAAUCAUCUACCGAGAGUCGACGGAGAAACGGUGCCAGCUGGGAUACUUGGACCAUCUGAUGCACGCAGGAUACGCCUAAACAGCCAGGCAUAACCGCGGCUCGCGAGCUGUUGGGCUGCUGAAGGAAGCCGAGGCUGGACGAAAGCGAAUGAGCGACAUCCCUUCAUUGUCCGGCAAUAUGUCUGUCGGUGCCAGCAAGAUAGCGCUUCGUCGGGUGAUGCUUAGGAAGCUAAGGGAUGUAUCUCAAGAUGAUCUGAGUGCACAGUCUAUAGCGGUGACAUCAAGACUGCUGAGCUCGCCAUUCUUCAAAGAUGCACAGUCGAUUGGCUGCUAUCUCAGCAUGGCUCAGGGAGAGCUGAGGACUGAUCUGAUCGUCAGACACAUUCUGGAGAGCGGGAAAAAGCUUUACACCCCUUAUCUUCCUAACGUUGCGAAGGCAAUCGGGAAGCCAACGCCCGGCUCUAGCGCCGUAAACUCAGAAGAAGAUCAUCCAGCACCUAUCUUGGCAUCAAUGCAGAUGCUUCGCCUAUACUCAGAGGAAGAUCUUUCACUGUGCCCGCUCGACAAGUGGGGUAUACCGGAUCCAGGGGAGCUCCGUAGAGAUUGUCAGAUGAAGACAGCUAGAGAGGAUUCUAUGGAUGCGGCUGCCUCACCCAUAGACCUCAUUCUCGUCCCAGGCGUGGCGUUUGACUCACUGGCGAAUCGGCUGGGUCGCGGCAAGGCAUUCUAUGAUCGCUUCCUGAGGAUAUAUGUCUCUGAAAAAGGGCGGCCCCAUAUAGGUAAUUCAAGUCAAUCACUACAAGGCUAAUACAACUUGCAGUCGCGCUCUCGCUCGCAUGUCAGGUUCUGCCGGAGGAUCAGAAAGUACCGGUUACAGAUGCUGAUUUCAGGCUCGAUGCAGUAGUGUGGCCCGAGGGAAUGAUCUCAAGGUCAAGAGAACUAGGCUGAGU